UGACAGAGUUAGCCGAGGCCGCCAUAUUGAAUGAGUGACCCGGCCUUUUUAGGGGAUUGUUGUGGUCCUGACAGUUCAGCAGAGCAGCCUCGGCGGCUCCGGGGAGAAGCAAUAUGUUAAGGAUACCUGUAAGAAGGGUCUUAAUAGGCAUUUCUAAUUCUCCUAAAGGAUGUGUUCGAACAACUGCCACAGCAGCAAGCAACUUGAUUGAAGUAUUUGUUGAUGGUCAAUCUGUAAUGGUGGAACCGGGAACUACUGUUCUCCAGGCUUGUGAGAAGGUUGGCAUGCAGAUCCCUCGAUUCUGUUAUCAUGAAAGGUUGUCUGUUGCUGGAAACUGUAGGAUGUGCCUUGUCGAAAUUGAGAAAGCUCCUAAGGUUGUAGCUGCUUGUGCCAUGCCAGUAAUGAAGGGUUGGAAUAUCCUGACAAACUCAGAAAAAUCUAAGAAAGCCAGAGAAGGUGUGAUGGAGUUCUUAUUAGCAAAUCACCCACUGGACUGUCCUAUUUGUGACCAGGGAGGUGAAUGUGAUCUGCAGGACCAGUCCAUGAUGUUUGGAAGUGAUAGGAGCCGAUUUUUAGAGGGGAAACGUGCUGUGGAGGACAAGAAUAUUGGACCAUUGGUAAAGACCAUCAUGACUAGAUGUAUACAGUGUACUCGCUGCAUCAGGUUUGCAAGUGAGAUUGCAGGAGUAGAUGAUUUGGGAACAACAGGCAGAGGAAAUGAUAUGCAAGUAGGCACAUACAUUGAGAAGAUGUUCAUGUCUGAACUGUCUGGGAAUAUCAUUGAUAUCUGCCCUGUAGGUGCCCUAACCUCUAAGCCCUAUGCCUUUACUGCCCGGCCUUGGGAAACAAGAAAGACAGAAUCCAUUGAUGUAAUGGAUGCAGUUGGAAGUAAUAUUGUGGUUAGCACAAGAACUGGAGAAGUGAUGAGGAUUUUGCCACGUAUGCAUGAGGAUAUAAAUGAAGAGUGGAUCUCUGAUAAAACCAGAUUUGCCUAUGAUGGGCUAAAACGUCAAAGACUUACCGAGCCAAUGGUCAGAAACGAAAAGGGGCUUUUAACCUAUACCUCCUGGGAGGAUGCACUUUCUCGUGUAGCUGGAAUGUUACAGAGAUUUCAAGGAAAGGAUGUGGCAGCAAUUGCAGGUGGCUUGGUGGAUGCUGAAGCCCUAGUAGCUCUCAAAGAUUUGCUUAAUAGAGUGGACUCUGACACCUUAUGCACUGAAGAGGUCUUCCCCACUGCAGGAGCUGGCACAGAUUUGCGUUCCAAUUAUCUUCUUAAUACUACAAUUGCUGGUGUGGAAGAAGCAGAUGUUGUCCUUCUGGUUGGUACAAAUCCACGUUUUGAGGCACCACUAUUUAAUGCUAGAAUUCGAAAGAGCUGGCUUCAUAAUGACUUAAAAGUGGCCCUUAUAGGCAGUCCAGUGGACCUCACUUACAGAUAUGACCACCUGGGAGACUCCCCCACAGUUCUUCAAGACAUUGCUUCGGGUAGCCAUCCAUUCAGCCAGGUUCUACAGGAAGCUAAAAAACCAAUGGUAGUUUUAGGCAGUUCUGCACUUCAAAGAAAUGAUGGAGCAGCAAUUCUUGCAACUGUUUCCAGCAUUGCACAAAAGAUUCGGAUGACUAGUGGUAUUACUGGUGAUUGGAAAGUUAUGAAUAUCCUUCAUAGGAUUGCAAGCCAGGUAGCUGCUUUGGACCUUGGUUAUAAACCUGGGGUGGAAGCUAUUCGGAAGAACCCUCCCAAAGUGCUAUUUCUCCUGGGAGCAGAUGGAGGUUGUAUCACACGACAGGAUUUGCCAAAGGAUUGUUUCAUUAUUUAUCAAGGACAUCAUGGUGAUGUUGGAGCUCCCUUAGCUGAUGUUAUUCUCCCAGGAGCUGCUUACACAGAGAAGUCCGCUACUUAUGUCAAUACUGAGGGCAGAGCUCAGCAGACUAAAGUAGCAGUGACACCUCCUGGCUUGGCAAGAGAAGACUGGAAAAUUAUAAGAGCCCUCUCUGAGAUUGCAGGUAUAACUCUUCCAUAUGAUACUCUGGAUCAAGUGAGAAACAGAUUGGAAGAAGUUUCUCCUAAUCUUGUUCGAUAUGACGAUGUCGAAGGAGCUAAUUACUUCCAGCAAGCAAGUGAGCUCUCCAAGCUAGUGAACCAGCAACUUCUUGCUGACCCACUUGUUCCACCUCAGCUAACUAUAAAAGACUUCUAUAUGACAGAUUCAAUUAGCAGAGCCUCACAGACCAUGGCCAAGUGUGUCAAAGCUGUCACAGAGGGUGCCCAGGCAAUAGAGGAACCGUCCAUAUGCUGAAAUAUCUACUAGGAACCCAGUUUUCCUACAAAUAGUUAAUAGACAGUUAUAUUGGAGUUGAUCCCUUAGAGGUUUGUCUCUUUUAAAAAAAAUCUGAAUGAUGUAAUAUUUAAGAUUAUACCAUGCUUAUUUGAUAAUGAUAUUGCAGUUAUCAAAGAACUUUGCAGUUUCAAAAACAUUUCUGUAUUGUGUGUAAACAUUGUUAGUUAAAUAAAACUGUAUACAGAUAUUCUUUCAUGUAAAAGCAUUGAUAGUCUUUGUGAUAGAUACAAAGAAAAUCCUUAAAAUAUAAGCUUUUUAUCUAUCUUCAUAGAUCAUUUGUUUGUAAAAUGGAUGAAAUGAAAAGAGCUUCCAUUAAGACCCGCUUUAGUGCUAAGAAAAGAUUUAAACCUUUUGUGAAGCUGGGUAAAUAGAAAAAGUAUAUAAUGUAAUCAUACAUCAGGUAUGUAUCUUGAACAACUAUAAUUAAUAAUCCUAAUAACAAUAGCUGAUGAUUAUUCAUCUUUUUCUGUGUGGUGAGCAGUCUGGUUUUACAUGCAUUAUCUUUUGUCCUUGCUACAACCCUAUGAGAUAGUAUUAUUAUCUCAUUUUACAGAUGAAGAAACUGAAGCCCAGAGAUAUUAAGUAGCUUGCCCAAGGCCGCACCACAAGAGUCACAGACUCAAGCUUAGUUCUGUUUUGUUCCAAAGUCCAUUGUUCUUAAUUGCUACACAUACUUCCAUCCCAUUAAUACAGAUUCUAUAGGUUGUUACUAUUAAGAAUUAGUAUUGUGUUGUUUAGUGGAUAAUUGAUUUUUCUGUUUUCUCUUAAAUAUGUUUUUGUAAUGUCAUGGUGAUUUAUGUGACAUUUUUCUUUGUAUAACAGAUUACACACUACACACCCUUGGAAUGAGGGAGGUCUCAGGAGAUGUAAUUUAGAUUCUCAUUGAUGUUCUGUAUUCAUUAUAUUAACACCAUCUGUAGUGUUAAGUCAACUAAAUUAUUCUGGUAACAGAAGACAAAACCAUCACCUUUCGUAAUUUUCAAUUGUCAAAACAAAAAAGGAAGUAAAAAAUUUUCAGGUAACCUAGGAGAUAAUUAAAACUAGAUUAAGUUGUUUUUUUUUUUUUAAAAAAAACUAUUUAAAAUUCUUUUGUUAUCUUUAUUCUUUUCCGAGAGACUUAGCCCAAUAAUAGGAUGCCAUUUUCCUGAUAUAGCAAAAGAUGAGGUUUUUAGAAUAAUAGUAUGUCUUCAAUACUUUAGCUUUAAAAACUGUACAAAAUCUGUCAUCUGUAACAGCUUUUUCAGAACUUUAUUUUAUCCUCUUUAGUGCUAUAACACAAAAUUGUAUGCUUUGCUUAAAGUACUUUGCUUAAAAUUCCCAGUUGCCUGAAAUCGUAUAAAUUCUUGCCGAAAAUGUUUGAAUUCAAUGCAUACUUUCUGUCCAUCUCUACAUUCUUCACCUCUAGUGCUAUGCUGACUUUGAGGGUACAUACUCCCAGUUUUGAAUUUUAUACAGUACUCUUCAGUGAAUGUGUAUAGACUUUAUAGGGUUGUUGGUGACAGAAUACCGUGUUCAAAUGGAGAAGAGGUGCUAUGUGGCUAAAUUGAUCCUGGAUCCUUGGGCUACCCUCUACACAGUAUGUGUUGAACAACUUAUAAUUCUCUAAAGAAACCUUUUCUGGGAUAAGUAGUACUCAAUAAAAUGUGUUGGUUUUUACAUAAAGUAAACAUGAAAAUCUGUCUCAUGAGCACAUAUUAGUCAUGUAAUGCUAAAUAUUAAAGUUAUUGUUAGUAUAAACAGUGAAGAUAUUGCUAGGGAAAAAAAAGACUUUGAAAAAGAGCCCCCAGAUACAGGAAAAAUACAUAUACGUGAGAAUAACCUGCCUGGUGGAAUCAUUCUUAGCAAUGAGGGAGUCAUCAGUGAGAACAUCGACAAAGGCUCAAGACCAAGACCUUUGGGUGAAGAAGGCAAUCUGGAAAGGGUCUAGAAUAAUUAUAUCAUUUGUUGAGAACCUUCUAAAUAUGUGACAUUAAAGCUUUAAAUAUAUUAUGGGUAAUAUUUACAAAAACCCCAAAUGAUAGUUAAUAAUUGAGACUCGAGAAAUAUAAAAUAAGUGUUUAACUAGAGAUAUUUUCACUUUCCCACGUUGCCUCAAUAAAAAGAUUUUGGACAGCUAUAAAAA